AUGGUUCAGAAUGGAAAACGAGUUGAUCCAACGCUCAUUCUUCUUUGGUGCAGAGAAGAUAUAGAAGCUAUUCGCGAUCAAGUUUCACCAACCCAUCAUUCAAGCGGAAGAUUUGAGUUAUUAACCUCAUUUUUGUGGAAAAAUCGAACAAUUGCAGUCGAUCUAAAUUCUGAAGAAAUUGUGUGUAUGGGACCAAUUGUAACAGCGCGUUGGAGACUUAUAAAUUUGAAAAUACCACUUGGAUAUUACGGUAAUGCAUUUGCUAUUCCAGGAGCAGUAUCGAAAGCCGGACAUAUUAGCACAUAUCCAUUGACGUAUGCUCUUGAAUUAAUCAAGAAAGCCAAGAAUAAAGUUAACGAGGAGUAUUUUAGAUCUCCGGCGGAUCUUAAUGUGAUUAAGGGGAGGCCUAAUUUUAUACAAGCUUGGAAGUUUGUUAUGUCAAACAUUUUUAAUGUAGGUUUUGAUAAAGAUUUUGGAUGGGGAGAACCCAAGUAUGGUGGGGUUGCUAACGCUCAUUCUUUUAUGGGCAAAGGUGUAAAUAUACCCCUCAACUUUGUGAUUUAG